CCGGCAUCCAAUUAUUUGCAAUACAAGAUGGAUCAAACCUACAGGUCACUUGCAGACUGCAUCCUCAGCAAGUGGGAGGAAAAGAAAGCAAAAGCCGCUACCGCCAACGGCACCAAAAAUUCGACGCCUCGCCUCAUAGUCGCAGUAGCAGGCCCUCCCGGCUCCGGAAAGACAACAAUAGCCAACAAAGUUGUCGACAUUAUCAAUUCCUUCCCAUCAAAGAGCCCCAAAACUAUUGUGGUAUCUGCCGACGGUUUCCAUCUUCCACUUGCCACGCUGCGAAAACUACCCAAUGCUUCGGAAGCUCUUGCUCGCCGGGGAGCACCCUGGACUUUUGACGGCCAUGCCGCAGUGAGCCUGGUUCGAAAGCUCAAAACAAACACGCGCGCCCAGCCGGUUCUCGCGCCCACUUUUGAUCAUGCAAUCAAAGAUCCAGUGUCAGAUGGAUUACUCAUAGAGCCGGAUGUGGAUGUGUGCAUCUUGGAAGGUAAUUAUCUUCUCUGUGAUGAGCAUCCAUGGGAUGAAAUCGCAGAUCUUGUGGACGACAAGUGGUUUGUCCAUGUGGAACCGGAUUUGGCCUGCAGGCGGGUUGCAUCACGGCAUCUCGCAGCUGGGAUUGAAACAACAAUGGAAGGAGCAGUUCAUCGAGCGAAAACAAAUGAUCUGGUGAAUGGAGAAUUUAUUUUAUCUAAAAGUAGAGGCAGAUAUGAUGUGAUGAUAGAAAGCAUAGAAAUGAGAGCUUAGCGCAUUGAAUGCAAACUACAACGGAAAGGUAC